GACAUCAGCAUUAACCAGCACUCUUGAGACUCCCACAACACAACCUUGUCCAUUGCGCUGCCUUGUCUUGAUAUAAUACACAACUUUCAUCAAUAUUCCUCCCCAAACAUCACCACAUAAUCCCGCCACCAUGCUAAGCAUCUUGUCUUCAUGUCUCCUCCUCGCCAGCUCGGCUCUGGCGCUGCCCUCUACUAUCCCUCGAGCCGACUCGAAUUAUCCCUAUCCAGUGCCGCCAGCAGCACCAGGAUGCACAGACAAGUCGACAAACCUCACAGAAUGGACCGUCGGCAGCUUUGACUUCCACGCUUCAUACACCUUCACAACGCCUGCCCACCAAAACUCGUGGGGCUACGUCAACUUCACCUUGAUCAACCCGGCCGUCAGCUACACACCAAUCUGCAGUGCCGCCUCCAACCAGCUCUCCGACUUCUUCUAUGGCACCGUCAUCUACGACUGCACCGUGCCUGUCGCUUCCGACAAGGCCACCUUCACCUUUUCACGGCCCGGGUCGGAGUUGCGCAUCAACCAGACGUGGAACUGCGCCGGCGAAGGCAGCCGAUUCACGGCCAUUGGAGGCGUCAAGCUCAACCUCACCUGCGACGAUACGACCUGGCAGAACCCCAACUGGACGACCGGCCAGAUUUACUCGUCUCGUACGAUUACCUGUGGCAAGGUGACGGUCCCUGCGCCCAUUGAAGAGAUGAGUGCUGUCCUGUAGUACAGAAACAGCACCGUAUUCCUUCCUGUGCAGAAGAUGAGGCAUGUUCGUCACGUUGUCCGUCACGUGGAAUAAAAGGGAUGCAUAAACGUGAAUAAUUGGGAGUGGAUGCUCCCGGGAAUUGGACUGUACGCCUUGCUGCGAGGAGUGUUUUUUUUUUUUUUUCUUUUAUCGGUUUUUACGGCUUGUCGACUACAAGUUUUGAUGAUCAACGACGUUCUUUAUGAUGAUGAAAAUAUGUCUUAGAGGGGACUCUUGGGUUGAAUGAGACGGUUCCUAAUGAUUAAUAGUACACUGCAUAAUACAAAUAAUGUUAACUCUG